AUGCUGAACAAGCGGGUUAGGUAUGGCGAGUCGUUAGAACAUUAUUAUUACUCUAAAAUUAAUCUGUUAAAUCGUUGCAAAAUAAGCGGUAGGCAAGCAGUAGAUUGUCUACUUCAUGGCGUUGAUGACCGUGCUGUAAAAGUUGGAGCACAGGCAGCACAAUUUUCUGAACCAGAAAAAGUCCUUAAAUAUUUUAGGUCUAUUAGGGUCGGAAACUCUAUGGACAGUAGCGAUUAUUUUAGGAAGAAUAGAUUAGAUAAAAAUGUUAACGUUAACAAGCCAUCUUUUUCGAAGUUUGCUGGAAAUAACUGUAUCAUACGGUGUUUUAAUUGCAACAUGAUAGGCCACCCAAGUUUUAAAUGCGAGAAACCAUUGAUUAAAUGUACGAAUUGCGAUAGGAUUGGUCACCAGUUGUCAAACUGUUAUAGAAACAAAAACAAGGAAGUUUCUAGUAACACCUCCGCCAACAUAAACGAAAAACAGGUUUCUAAACUUAGUGUUACCGAUAAAACUAAUGAUAAAUAUGUAAUGGAUGUGAAAGUUAACAAUAAAACAUUUCAAUGUCAUUAUGAUUUGGGUAGCCAAUGUUCUCUUGUGAGAGAAACUGAUGCCAAGUUACUAGAUGUGAGUAUAAUUAAAAACGCGGAGUUGCCUACCUUAAGGGGUAUUGGUGCAAAUCUUGUUCGACCACUGGGAUUGAUAAUAGCCGCGCUAGAAGUGCAGGAUAUCAAAGAAGUCAUCGACAUCCAUUGUUACUGGGUCAUUCGUUCUCCGAGAAACCGGAGAUAG